ACAAUAGCUCCUUGUCGGAUCAUGAGAACGGUCACCUCGGAUGAGAAAAACUUGUUUCUUUCUUAAUUGUAGUUCAGUGUUGUCGCGUAAUUUACCGUAUAACACAUUUUAGAUGGAUUCUAUUUUUCGCUGCGAGCUGAUUCGUGUAUUCGUUUUAUCAUGCUAAACUAUUAGCAUGCUAACCUCGCUUGUCUUGAGGAUUGUACUUGUACUUCUUCUAAUAUAAGCUGCCAUGUGAAUGGUGACGGUGAUAUGGCUCUGAGGAAAGAAGUCUUCCAAUCGAAGGUCCUUCAGAGGCUUUACCCAGCACCCCUCAAAACCAAUGAGCCGUCAUGUGGUGUGGAUGAGCUGGCGAAGAAACCUCAUGUCAAUCGAAAACGACUCCAGAAGGAUGUUCUUCAGAAUCGUACUACUCCAGACUGUCCAGCUGGUCCGGUCAAGCGAAUAUACACAGCUCUACCUUGUCCUCCGAACUACAUUGCAGAUGCUGAAAAAUCUGACACCAUUCCCCUGCUUGGAAAUGCACAGAGCGCUGGGAAUCUAGCUGAAGAAAGUGUCCCUGAUUCCAAUGAAGAGUCUGACUGUGAUAAUAAUUCAAGCCAGCAGAGACGGCGAAGAAGACGGAGGAAAAUGAAGCCAACUGCUCAUAAGGACUUGGAGAAAGAAGAAGGUGAUUUUAUUAACAGGUUGGGCGCAGUUGAGACUCAAGAGGGUGAUGGAGCCCACCACAUCAGUAGGAACAAGAAGAGAAAGCUAAAAAAGAAGCGCCACAAGGAAAAACUGCUCUCACUGGGUUUGAUGCCCAGAGCUGCUGCACUGGAGUUCACAUACCAGAGAGGUGGCGAGGUAGACGAUCAGAUGAAGGUUGCACAUGUGUCCGACUUCCUCAGGACCACCAUGGAGAUCUACAUGUCAGAUUCUGCAUUAGUGACCAAGAAGGUUCCUCAACUGAGCGAGACGGUGGAGAAGUUGUUGAGCGACCUUGUGAGUGGAAGUAGACCGCCCUCUCUUCUGCAGAAGAUCCAUGAGCUGAAGGUGCUGGCCCAACAGAAAGAUGGAGAGAGGCUUGCAAGAGCGCUGGAGGACCUGAAAGACGACACACUGAUGACAGAGGAAGAAACCGCAGCAGUCGUGUCCCUGUUCCAGUAUUGGAUUUCCUCCAUUCUACCUGUGCAGGGGGAGGAGCAAAGCCAUCAACGGUGACGUUACUCUUUUGAGAGAUGAAUAAAUAUUUG